AUGCCUUUUGCAACAGAAUCAUUUCCAGACUUUACCAACACCAUCCUCGACCACGGUCGUUUUCGUCUCCUCAACUGCCUCGGUGCCGGCAACUUUGGAAAGGUCUAUCGAGCCCUGGGCACAACAUCGCCUAAUAGCAAACCCGCCUUCUAUGCUGUCAAAUGCCUUCGCACCUUGGACGACCGCACUCGCGAGCACCGGUUCCAGAUCCGUGAAUUCGUCAACCAUAGCCGCGUCUCUAAACAUCCCAACAUUGUUACAUUCCAUCAAGUCAUCUUCCAGGACAACUUUCACUAUGUCGUGCUGGAUCUCUGUGAAGGCGGCGAUCUCUUUGACAGGAUUAUCCGGAAAUCCUUCUACCGGCGAGACGACAGGGUGCGAAAUAUCUUUCUCCAGCUCAUCGACGCCAUCACGUUCUGUCACGAACAGAGCGUGUACCAUCGUGAUAUCAAGCCGGAAAAUAUUCUUUGUUCAACGCAUUGUUCACGGAUUUACCUCACCGACUUUGGUCUGUCGACGCAGAACGAGACCUCGACUUUCCAUGCAUGCGGAAGCAAGGAGUACAUGAGUCCUGAAUGUAUAGGGAAAGAGUUUGGUUAUACGCCCAACAGACGAUACUCUACUCGGAGAAAUGAUAUCUGGUCUCUCGGUGUCGUACUCACAAUGAUGGUCACUGGGUGCCUUCCUUGGAAGAUGGCG